AUGACCAGGUAUUUGUCUCCAAAGUCCUGCGAUUCCUUACCUCCUAAAUUGCUCUUCAGAAAAUUAGAGGAAGAAAACAUUGGCUUUUCUGGGGAAAGUAGCAAAAAUAGCAUUACAUUAGAGGAGGAAGAAGAAAUGGAUGAAAUGCCCACACUGUCUCCAAAAACUAUGAUCAGUGAGGCAAGAAAUACUAAGGAUUCUUAUACAGAGCCAGCCAUGCUUGACUCGGGUACAUGUACCUCAACCAAAUCCAGCCUUUAUGGAAUUGAUCUGUCAUGUAUUUCUGUUCGCAAGAUAGAUGGACCUUCCAGUGUCACACAUAGGGAAGACUAUAUGUGUUUUUUCUCAAAGAGAGUUACAGCUGGCUAUGAUGUAAAAAAUGACAUUUUUACUGGAUUGACAAGCCAUACAACAUCUGAUAACCAACAGGACAGUAACACUGCAAUCUUUAACCAAGCAAAAAUGGAACACAGUCCAUCUGAAAAUCAAAAUCGGCCACUUAAACUGCUUACUGCAGAAAUUCCUAAGAGAAAAUCUCAAGAGUCACCCUCUGAAGCAGCAGCAGAUUCAUCCUUGAAUGAUAAAAGGAGAAAAACCUCUAUACAAAUUGAUGAAGAAGAAGAUAUUAAUGAUAUUCAAAAGCAAAUGCAUUUGGAGCAUGAUAAAAGGAGAACCUCUACACAAAUUGAUGAUGAAGAGGAUAUGAAUGAUACGCAAAAUCAAAUGUAUUUGGAGCAGAAACUUUAUGAAAAGUUAAAGCAAGAAGAGGAAGACAGACUUCUAGCUCUGCAGCUACAGAGGGAGAUGGACAAAGAGCAGAAAACACUAAAUCGCAAAAAAGGUUCUCCAGAUGAGUACCAUUUACGCCCCAAAACAUCUCAGCCAGCAAAAGAAUCUCCAAUGGCCAGAAAAAAUAGCAAGAUCUCAAAGAACUUGAAGUUCCCAAAUAGCCAGACUGAAAGAGAGCUACGAAGGCUACGUAGAAGCUCCCACAAUGAGAACUGGGGGCUUGCUAACAAACUUCAGACAAAGUCCCCUGCAAAAGAAGGGACUGUUUUGAACUGUGUCCUUAAUAGUUCAAAGAAUGCAGAAUUAUUGCCAAGCAAACAAAAGACAAUCCUUCAAAUGUUUAAGAGGCCAGCUACAAACUAGAUGAUCAACAGCACCAGUGAAGACUUGCAUCGUAGAUAUAAAUUAAGCAAUGGUCAUUCUCCUGAAAAGUUGGCUGAGUUAAAUGUUUUUGAGAGAUCAGCUGCUUUCAUUCACAGUUUGUGUCCCUUGGUUGAAAAUGAAUAGUGCCUGCUUUGGGCCUGUUAGAUUUGACUUCCUUUUGUUUCUUAUGAAGCAAACAAGUUCUGUAAUACAUGAAUGAUAUCAGUUCUGAAUGCCAAGAGAAAUAUUUGUUUAAAUCCAACCUGCUCGUAGUUUUAUGUCAGAAGGUGUUAUCAAACCAUUAUACCCCCCUCCACUUGCCUGUUUCCACCACCCUAUUUCCUCCACUACUGCACCAAGUAAAUGAGUAAGAAAAGAGCAAAUGACUUUUGACUUAGACUGGAACAUAAUUUAUGAUGUCUUGAUAUAACUACAGUACUGUUCCCCAUGUUAGUUACAGGUUAGGUAUAAAAUGUUCCAGAAGCCUUUCUUCAUACCUCGUUCAAUGUAUGUUUGCGAAAGGUUAGGUCUUCCCAAGUGAACUAAUUUUUUAUUUCAACAAAUUAUAAAUCUGUUUAUAAUUUGUUUAGAAUAUAAUCUAUUAAAAUGACUUUGAAGUCUAAUGAUAUUA